UCAGCUUGUUGCUAUUUGUCUCACACAGAAUAAAAGUUUGCGUGGGGUGAUACUGAGUACGGACUAAAUCCAUUUGGGUUUACAGUGAACAUAUACCCUUUUCAUUUUUCUAUACACUAAGGACUAUCUUGUGGCAGGUCUUGGCAGAUCGCCGCCGUAUGGACGAUGAGGAGGAUGAUGUGUUUGAGCCAGACUCCCACUGCUGGCGCACAGCCUUCAGGGAGAUAAAGUACGAGGACAGGGGAACCCAGACACCCAGCCCUGUCCUGCCACUGCCCAAUAAUAUGCUGCCCUGCGGGGUGGCCCAGGAGCCCAGACCACUCUUCUACGGCAACGCAGGCUUUCGAUUGCACUUCCCAGCGCAGUUUGAGCGUGUUGGAGACCAGGGGCCUCUGGGAGAGCAAGGGGGGAUGGAGCGGCUCAAUCGGCAGCCCCAGCUGCCAGCACGCAGCAUAGAGGUCUGCAUUGGACAGAAACUCCAACUCAUCGGAGACCAGUUCCACCAAGAACACCUUCAAGUGUAUCACCGAAACCAAAGGAACAUGAGGCCCUUGUGGUGGCGCCUGGCCUCGGCUCUGCUCACCCUGCUGUUUGAGCAGGAGGCCAUCGCUGGAGGGGGGAGAGCAGGGUGGAGGUGAUGGAGAGGCCCAGCCCAGACUACCCCUCUCCCACAGGAACUGGACUCCAAAUGGCACUGUCAAAUUGAACACGGGUCUGUUGGGGAAAAAUUACAAAAGAGAAAAGGUCCCCGCGGGACGGAGACAACCAUUUUUUACGAGGUUGUUUUUUUCCAAGAAGAUGCCAUGUUGUUUCACGAGAUUCCUCUACUGGCCGAUGUCCUUAUUUUGGUAAUUGUUUGAUGUAGUAUUUUGUACAGUACAUUAUUCCUGUUGAAUUUGUUUGCACUUCCGUAUGUGUACAUCUUGAAUGACCUCCAUGGUCCCGGGAAUGCCUUGUCAAUGUCUUCUACCACAACCCAAUGACUGUUGACAAGAACCAAGCGGAAGAAAGAAAGAGAUAGAGGGAUCUGAAGAAGGGAAAGAAGAGUGGUUCAUAGGGUUUUCUUUUCUGAAGUUUCCAGGAAAUAAUUGGUCAAACUUGAUAACUUACUAAUUUCCAAAGAUGCAGUCUCUCAGAACAAAGCAUUUUUCACCUCAACCUUCUCCUCAAUGGGGUUGUGUAUACUGUUAUAAUACUGUUAUAUUACAUGUUGAUUAUUCUUUGCUCUUCCAGUCACUUUUAUAGUUUUGAUUUCAAUAAUUGUUGUUUUUCCCAUUGUCACCAAAAAUAAUGAAACAUCCAGUGGCUUCCGAUGUGGUAAAUGCCACUUUGUGGUGUGAAGGUAGAUACAGUACAUAGCCGCGGGAAAUAGGGGUGCUACAGCACCCCCUGAUAAAAAAGUGUAUAUAUAUAUAUAUAUAUAUAUAUAUAUAUAUAAACAUUUUCUCAUAACAUUUGUGAACUAGGCCUUUAUUACUGCUGUAUUAGCAGAGAAAAAUACUCUUUAGGACCCCCCCCCCACCCCCCUUCAACAGCACUCCCAAAACAUCUACCCGCAGCCAUGAUACAACUUCCAAAGCAAAAGUGGAUCCCACGAGUUACUCAGAGAGUUUAUUUCAGACUUAUCUUUUACUCAUUUCAUAAAUCCCGAACUGGACCCCAGUCAUUGUAAGAGAGAUUGUGCUGAUCAUUUUUUGUUUUAAGACUACCAGGCCCUUCAAGUGGAGCUAUGUAUCCACACUGUUUGCACUAUAGUACAUCAGUCAGGAGUAGAUUUGGUUACAAAGCCAACCUCUGUCAUUAAAUGAAGGUUUUUAACUGUAUCUGAUUUGCAAUGGUAACAUUACAAUGUUUUCAUUCACAUGAUCAAGCUAUAUCUUCCCAGGAAGUGACUGAAUAUGGCCUGUUAUCAUUAGAAUAAAACAUCUGAGGUACAAGUGAUGCUGGUUAGAUGAAUGCCUCAUUGAAAUUCCAAUGUUUUUUAGCCCGCCAAUCGAUGUGCUCUCUAACCCACUGCCAGAGAUGCACUUGUAUUCUGGACACCAAAACAAACAUGUGAAACAACAACAUCUUCCCUCCUCUCAGGAUUCUUGCAUGGGCUUUUAUAUAUAUAUAUUUUUUAACCUGUGGAGUGAUCUUGUAUUAGUUCUUUGUCCUCAGAUCCUGUGGUGUAACUUUUUAAUAGAAAUCAACACUGAUAAUCCAAUUGACAAGAGAACGUGUCUGAGAUUAGAAAUGAACUGGUAGUAUGCAAGACUGUAAUUACUAUUGAAAUAUGAAUCUUUUUGAAGACACUGCUGUAUUCUUGAAGAUGCUGUUUGUUGUACAUUUUAUUGCCCUUUUACUUCACUUUUUGUCCAUUUUGAAGUAGCAGUAUAUAUCAUGAGGCUGUAAUUUCAGACACAACUCCUGUUAAUACGGUUAUGUUUGGUCCUACAGUACUUUACUUUUUGCCCAUUUUGAAGGAGAAGUAUACAUCAUGAGGCUGUAAUUUCAGACACAACUCUUGGUAAUUUGGUCCUACAGCCAUCUUCUGUGUCAUCUUCUGUCUGUAUAAUCAGUGCUUUCUUUCAACCCAUAAUUUAGAAUGCUGGAGAAACAGGUAACUGCCAAAAUCAAGGAAACACCCAUAUAAAGUGUCUUCAUAGGGUGGUGUUGGGCCACCACGAGCCAGAACAGCUUCAAUGCCCCUUGGCAUAGAUUCUACAAGUGCUUGGAAUAAUAUGGUGUUUUGUUGAUGGUGGUGGAAAACGCUGUCUCAGGCGCCCCUCCAGAAUCUCCCAUAAGUGUUCAAUUGGGUUGAGAUCUGGUGACAGUGACGGCCAUUUCAUAUGGUUUACAUCAUUUUCAUGCUCAUCAAACCAUUCAGUGGCCACUCGUGUCCUGUGGAUGGGGACAUUGUCAUCCUAUGGGGGCAUAGCCAUGGUAGCCAAAAUAAUGGCCUGCCCAACCUUUUUAAACAUAUAUUUAUAAUGGGAUAUUAAUUCCUUUAUUAACUCAGAAACCACACCUGUGUGGAAAUACCUGAUUUAAAUAUACUUUGCAUCCCUCAUUUACUCAAGUGUUUCCAUUAUUUUGGCAGUUACCUGUAUGUUUCAGUGCCAGGGAAAAUUACAAAUAACAGUUUCCCAUGUAGAGUAGGAUGACAAAGGAAUGGAGUGGUUCGGUCCAAUUCUGUUGUCUGCAUCAGUUGAAAUAUAUUAGAUACUUUAGACAGACUGGUCAGAUGAUGACGCUUGCUCUGUCUGUUGAGGCAGGGACUAAUUUAGAACCAUGUGGGGCAGUGAGAGAUGAGCUGAACAUCGCUGUUUUUGUUGUUUGUUGUUGUUUCCUGCAGAUCCUGAAUGCUGAGCCAGUCACCGUAGCCUCCUGUCUCACUGUAGUCCUUAAACCGUCCCUAAACUCGCUUCUCUCGCUCUACUGUAGCCUACAUCUAUGUGUACUGCUCAUCCAUUUCCUUUAGGACUUUUAGCGUUGUUUUCCGUUUUUUAAUUUAUUUUUUGUAUAUUCACCCUUUUCUACUGUAUGGAUUUUGUGUGCAAUUUCUCUUCCUUUUGUUUUUUAAAAAUGUGUAUAUAAUUCAUUUGUUUGACUGUAUAGAACGAUGGUUAUCUGCGCUGUGUUUUCCCUGAGGGUAGUCAUCUCCAGAAAUGGGCCCAAUCGGUUAAGGCAUUUAUAUGAAUCAACCAUGUCACGUUAGCCAUUCAGCAGAUAGCAGUAGAAUAUCAGUGUUCAUUCUGGAAAGAUCACAGAUCAGUUUAGCUACAGUUGAAGUCGGAAGUUUACAUACACUUAGGUUGGAGUCAUUGAAACUCAUUUUUCAACCACUCUACAAAUGUCUUGUUAACAAACUAUAAUUUAGGCAAGUCGGUUAGGACAUCUACUUUGUGCAUGACCCAAGUCAUUUGUCCAACAAUUAUUUCACUUAUAAUUCACUGUAUCACAAUUCCAGUGGGUCAGAAGUUUACAUACACUAAGUUGACUGUGCCUUUAAACAGCUUGGAAAAUUCCAAAAAAUGUCAUGGCUUUUAGAAGCUUCUGAUUGGCUAAUUGACAUAAUUUGAGUCAAUUGGAGGUGUACCUGUGGACAUAUUCAAGGCCUACCUUCAAACUCAGUGCAUCUUUGCUUGUCAUCAUGGGAAAAUCUAAAGAAAUCAGCUAAGACCUCAGAAAGAAAUUGUAGACCUCCACAAGUCUGGUUCAUCCUUGGGAGCAAUUUCCGAAUGCCUGAAGGUACCAGGUUCAUCUGUACAAACAAUAUUACGCAAGUAUAAACACCAUGGGACCACGCACCUGUCAUACCACUCAGAAAGGAUACGUGUUCAGUCGCCUAGAGAUGAAUGUACUUUGGUGCGAAAAGUGCAAAUAAAUCCCAGAACAACAGCAAAGGACCUUUGCAAAGGAAACAGGUACAAAAGUAUCUAUAUCCACAGUAAAACUUAUUCUAUAUCGACAUAACCUGAAAGGCCGCUCAGCAAGGAAGAAGCCACUGCUCCUAAACCGCAAUAAAAAAUAAGAAAGACAAAAAAGACUACGGUUUGCAACUGCACAUGGGGACAAAUAUCGCACUUUUUGGAGAAAUGUCCUCUGGUCUGAUGAAAAAAUAAUAGAACUGUUUGGCCAUAGUGACCAUUAUUAUGUUUGGAGGAAAAAGGGGGAGGUUUGCAAGCAGAAGAAACACCAAUCCAACUGUGAAGCACGGGGGUGGCAGCAUCAUGUUGUGGGGGUGCUUUGCUGCAGGAGGGACUGGUGCACUUCACAAAGUAGAUGGCAUCAUGAAGAGAAAAAUUAUGUGGAUAUAUUGAAGCAACAUCUCAAGACAUCAGUCAGGAUGUUAAAGGUUGGUCGCAAAUGGGUCUUCCAAAUGGACAAUGACCCCAAUCAUACUUCCAAAGUUGUGGCAAAAUGGCUUAAGGACAACAAAGUCAAGGUAUUGGAGUGGCCAUCGCAAAGCCCUGACCUCAAUCCUUUAGAAAAAUUGUGGGCAGAACUGAAAAAGCGUGUGCGAGCAAGGAGGCCUACAAUCCUGACUCAGUUACACUAGUUCUGUCAGAAGGAAUGGGCCAGAAUUCACCCAACUUAUUGUGGGAAGCUUGUGGAAGGCUACCCGAAACGUUUGACCCAAGUUAAACAAUUUAAAGGCAAUGCUACCAAAUACUAAUUGAGUGUAUGUAAACUUCUGACCCACUGGGAAUGUGACGAAAGAAAAAAAAGCUGAAAUACAUCAUUCUCUCUACUAUUAUUCUGACUUUUCACAUUUUUUAAAUACAGUGCCUUGCGAAAGUAUUCGGCCCCCUUGAACUUUGCGACCUUUUGCCACAUUUCAGGCUUCAAACAUAAAGAUAUAAUACUGUAUUUUUUUUGUGAAGAAUCAACAACAAGUGGGACACAAUCAUGAAGUGGAACGACAUUUAUUGGAUAUUUCAAACUUUUUUAACAAAUCAAAAACUGAAAAAUUGGGCGUGCAAAAUUAUUCAGCCCCCUUAAGUUAAUACUUUGUAGCGCCACCUUUUGCUGCGAUUACAGCUGUAAGUCGCUUGGGGUAUGUCUCUAUCAGUUUUGCACAUCGAGAGACUGACAUUUUUUCCCAUUCCUCCUUGCAAAACAGCUCAAGCUCAGUGAGGUUGGAUGGAGAGCAUUUGUGAACAGCAGUUUUCAGUUCUUUCCACAGAUUCUCGAUUGGAGUCAGGUCUGGACUUUGACUUGGCCAUUCUAACACCUGGAUAUGUUUAUUUUUGAACCAUUCCAUUGUAGAUUUUGCUUUAUGUUUUGGAUCAUUGUCUUGUUGGAAGACAAAUCUCCGUCCCAGUCUCAGGUCUUUUGCAGACUCCAUCAGGUUUUCUUCCAGAAUGGUCCUGUAUUUGGCUCCAUCCAUCUUCCCAUCAAUUUUAACCAUCUUCCCUGUCCCUGCUGAAGAAAAGCAGGCCCAAACCAUGAUGCUGCCACCACCAUCUUUGACAGUGGGGAUGGUGUGUUCAGGGUGAUGAGCUGUGUUGCUUUUACGCCAAACAUAACGUUUUGCAUUGUUGCCAAAAAGUUCAAUUUUGGUUUCAUCUGACCAGAGCACCUUCUUCCACAUGUUUGGUGUGUCUCCCAGGUGGCUUGUGGCAAACUUUAAACAACACUUUUUAUGGAUAUCUUUAAGAAAUGGCUUUCUUCUUGCCACUCUUCCAUAAAGGCCAGAUUUGUGCAAUAUACGACUGAUUGUUGUCCUAUGGACAGAGUCUCCCACCUCAGCUGUAGAUCUCUGCAGUUCAUCCAGAGUGAUCAUGGGCCUCUUGGCUGCAUCUCUGAUCAGUCUUCUCCUUGUAUGAGCUGAAAGUUUAGAGGGACGGCCAGGUCUUGGUAGAUUUGCAGUGGUCUGAUACUCCUUCCAUUUCAAUAUUAUCGCUUGCACAGUGCUCCUUGGAAUGUUUAAAGCUUGGGAAAUCUUUUUGUAUCCAAAUCCGGCUUUAAACUUAUUCACAAAAGUAUCUCGGACCUGCCUGGUGUGUUCCUUGUUCUUCAUGAUGCUCUCUGCGCUUUUAACGGACCUCUGAGACUAUCACAGUGCAGGUGCAUUUAAAUGGAGACUUGAUUACACACAGGUGGAUUGUAUUUAUCAUCAUUAGUCAUUUAGGUCAACAUUGGAUCAUUCAGAGAUCCUCACUGAACUUCUGGAGAGAGUUUGCUGCACUGAAAGUAAAGGGGCUGAAUAAUUUUGCACGCCCAAUUUUUUGAUUUGUUAAAAAAGUUUGAAAUAUCCAAUAAAUGUCGUUCCACUUCAUGAUUGUGUCCCACUGGUUGUUGAUUCUUCACAAAAAAAUUUAGUUUUAUAUCUUUAUGUUUGAAGCCUGAAAUGUGGCAAAAGGUCGCAAAGUUCAAGGGGGCCGAAUACUUUCGCAAGGCACUGUAAAGUGGUGAUCCUAACUGACCUAAAACAGGGAAUCUUUACUCUGAAUAAAUGUCAGGAAUUGUGAAAAACUGAGUUUAAAUGUGUUUGGCUAAGGUGUAUGUAAACUUCCGACUUCAACUGUACAUAACUACAGUAUGACCAUUGUCUGGUCAAUGCUUUGGAGCUGGAUCAGUACCGUGCAGAUAAUUUGCCAAAACAUUUUUUUUGUCACUGGGCAUUGAUUAUGGGUUCAAUCCUUUUAGUCUACUUUAGCAUUCUUCUGUAAUCAACAUGCACUGGAAAGUACUUUGUGUCUGUAGAUCUAAUGCGUCCCUGAGCAGUCCCUGUGAUAUUGUACAGUGUACUCUGGUUCGUUCUUUCAAAUCUGUCAUGUGCUGAACUAGCUGUGUGUCUGUAGUAUAGCAGACCAUUGACGAUGCAUAGAACAGUCUUUGAUUUAUUUGAAAGAGAAAAAAGCCACCAUGGUGCCCAGAAAUUAUUUUUCAGAGGGGGUUCUGAAGCUGUGUACUGGAGAUAGACAUAUACUUGCCAUAUCUCAGCACUGUGCAAAGCUAAAGGAACUCUAUACAGUGAGUUUUGUAUAUUAUGGAAAAACCGUCAGUGUCUUGAUUUGUUUUGUCCACUUUCUUUAAAUGUACCUUUUUUAUGAGACCAUUUCAUACUCAUUGUCUUUCCGAACUUUUUUAAUGUCUUUUCAUAUGAAAGGGUCAGCUUUUAUAGGGACAGUUUUGAGGCUUUUAAAUCGUUUUUAAUACCUGUUCGAUCUUUUUAACAAGUCCAAUGAGAUCAAGGACUUUUUUGUAUAUAAAUGAGCUUGAAACAUUCCUUUUUUUGACUGGUUCUGGUGUAAACAUGUUUUCAACGAUUACCGUCAAAACGGAACCAUUUAUUUUCGUGUUGUGCUCCAUAUGAUCUCUGAGGUUAAAUCAUAACCAAGAAACAUUGUCCUUUUUUAGGAACCGAUGAACUGUACAUGUAUUACUGACACCUGGAAAAUGCCUUUAACUGCUCAGUUUCAACUAAGUCUUGAUUAUCACACACUCUCUGUACUCCCAAGAAAAGAGACCCAGCGAAAAUGUAGCAUUUUUGUGAACAUUGACUGUGUGUUUUCAAGACUGUACUGUGCACUCAUUUCUUUUUUUGUGUUUUAUUUUUGUUGAUACAUUAUGGAAGUAAGGACAAUUUGUUAUGUAGUGCAAUAUGCUGUACAUAUAAGAGCUUUGCUCAACAAAUCUUUUUCUGAAUUACUUGUUCUGUUUUAUUGGUACUUUUUUUUCAAUAAAAUUAUAUUGAAAGUGUAAA